CCCAGCCCAGCCCAGCCUAGCCUAGCCUAGCCUAGCCUAGCACUGCCCAGCGCAGCACAGCCGCGGCGUGCCGGGCCAGGCAGGGCCGUGCUGAGCUGAGCCUGGCCACGCCGUGGCCGCCAUGGCCAUCGCGCACAUCGCCACCGAGUACGUCUUCUCUGACUUCCUGCUGAAGGAGCCGCCGGAGACGCGCUUCAAGGGGCUGCGGCUGGAGCUGGCGCUGGACAAGAUCGUCACCUGCAUCGCCGUGGGGCUGCCGCUGCUCCUCAUCUCCCUUGCCUUCGCUCAGGAGGUCUCCAUCGGUGCUCAGAUAAGCUGUUUUGCACCCAGCUCUUUCUCCUGGCGACAAGCUGCUUAUGUGGACUCCUACUGCUGGGCAGCUGUGCAGCAGAAGCAACCAUCCCAGAACAACUUAGAAAACAUACCCCUGUGGCUGCAUAAAUUCUUCCCAUACAUCCUGCUGCUCGUUGCUAUCCUGCUGUAUCUACCAUGUUUGUUCUGGCGCUUCACUGCAGCACCUCACCUUUCCUCAGACCUGAAAUUUAUUAUGGAAGAACUUGACAAAGCCUAUAACAGGGCAAUCAAAGCUGCUAACAGCAUUCGCAGUGGAGACCCCAGGGAUCCUACUGACUUGGUUCCAGCUGUUAAUGAGAACUUGACACAGAGUUUGUGGGAAAUAUCUGAAAGCUACUUCAAAUACCCAAUUGUGGAGCAGUACCUGAAGACGAAGAAGAAUUCCAGAUGUUUAAUAAUUAAAUAUAUUACCUGCCGUUUACUCACACUAGUAAUUAUUUUCAUUGCAUGUCUCUACCUGGGCUACUACAUUAGUCUCUCCUCUCUGAGUGAUGAGUUUCUCUGCACUAUCAAAACUGGGAUCUUAAAGAAUGACACAACUGUUCCAGAAGUGGUUCAGUGCAAGCUUAUUGCUGUUGGUGUCUUCAAGGUACUCAGCUAUAUUAACCUGAUAGUCUAUCUGCUAGUGAUGCCACUGGUAGUGUAUGCAAUGUUUGUCCCAUGGAGGUGGAAUUCAGGUAUUCUCAAAGUGUAUGAAAUCCUGCCAACUUUUGAUGUUCUGAAACUUAAGUCAAAGUGUUUUGAUGACUUAAGCCUUUACCUCCUCUUUCUUGAGGAAAAUGUGAGUGAACUUAAAUCAUUUAAAUGCCUCAAAGUGCUGGAGAACAUUGCAGUUUCUGAGAAGUUUGAUAUCAUGCAGCUUUUGGUAAACCUUGGUACUAUUAAGACUGAUACCAUAGAUGGGAAGCCAGGGACAGCUGAGUUGGAGAAGCCUGAGGAAACAACUACAGAAGAGCUGGAAAAAGAUGCAACAGAGCUACAAGUUUUGACAGACCAUAAUGCAAGUGGCAAUGUGAAUCCGAGAGAAGACAAAAGACUUCGCCAGAGACUUAUAGAUUCUUCAUGCUGAUGCUUCCCUGCUGCAGGAGGCAGGAGCUCUGUUCUGCGGGAAGGCUCCUCCUCUGCCUCUGCUGUGCUCAACACAAGGUGCUGCUCUUUGAAUGCGACCGUCUCCAUCGCCUGACAGUUCCCCAGAGGCCAAACUGGUUUACAGACUACUUGAUAUAUAUUCAGGAGUCAUAUGCCUGAAAAAGCAGGUUGUAGACUUUCAUUGUUUAUUAAAAAAGACCCUAAACAAACCACACCCAAGGAGCAAUAAGAAUAAAAGAUUUCUCUCCUGAGUGACAAGUGACGUGCAUUGAAUGCAGUCGAAGCUGGCAGCUGGAAAAAGCUCACACCACACUGUACAGGGAUGGCAAACGUAACCCUGCAUGUAACAAAAAGAGAUGGCCACGUUGCAUCCUGAAGUGUUGGUCUGCUGGGAGUGGCCAUCUCAGUUCUGGGGUUUAAGUAAGGUAACUUUGGGCUCUCUGCCCUGGAAAAGGGGGUUGGGAGAUGGGGUUUUUUAGUGAGUCUAGUUAAUCUGUACCAGGUGGUGGCUGGCCACUGAUAUUGGCUGUGUCUUCAUGGAAAAAGUAGAGGUUGCUCUGCAGCCUGAGAUGUCUUGGUUAGUCAUACCAACAUUCAUGUCUGGUAUUAAGUACGUGGCACUGGUGGAAAAGAAACUACAAACAGGCUUAGAAUAAGGGAGUACUGUAAACAUUAGAGAUUUUGAAUUUUCCAUGCGUUAAUAAAUUAAUAAUGUCUUAACACCUUUUUUUACAAAAUGUACUGAUAUGUAAGCUAAACAUUAGUUUAAUUUCUCUCUCUUAGUUGUUUUGGUCUUAGUGUCUAACAAAUCUGCCUUGGCGUUUUGGACCGAAGAUCAGUGAAGUUGGUUCCAUUGUUGUAAUGCUUUGUUGAAGUUGUUUUGUAGAGGUUUUAUGCGUGGAAGCUUUUUCGACAUGUUUGUAGUAUCAAAUGCAAUAUUAGUUUUGUUGUUUUCCAAGCCAUGCUUGAGAAGACAGACUUACUUGUAUUACAGUAGCACCUGAAUGCCUCAGCAGAGCCAAACACUUGAUAGCCAUGGUGAGGUAGAUGUAAAUACGAUGAAAGGUGGUUCUCCCCACACACCAUGUGACUGUAUUAAAGAUAAGAUGCUGAAGUGGAUUGGAACAGACAAGGGGGAGUGUUUUUACACUGGAAAACUCUCCUGGUUUGUUAUUGAACUCUUUGGAGAAAGCAGUAUUCAGCUUUAAUGUUGUCCCUUGGGCCCAGGACCUCAACCUUCAAUGAGUAUUAAAAUGACCUUUGGCUUGAAAUUUUAGAUACAAGAUAAGGUAGAUGGGGGGUGAAGCACUGCAGUAGUGUGUAUGUUUCACAAAUGUUAUAUGCUGAUUUGUUUUUCUGUAUUGUCCAUGUAACUGAAAUUAUUUGCCUUUCACCUCUUCCAAGUUGUCUUUUUAACCUGCCCAGAAGUAGGACUUCUUUUAUAGCUAGAUAGGAUGUCCCUGUUCCAGUUCCUCUGUGUCACCCACUGUUGUGAUUUUGUCUGUUAGCAUUCUGCAUGUGGCUGUGGAUGAGGGAAAAGCAGAAGUGAUUGGUGUUACCAUUUUUGCACAAAACUCUUUCAAAGAGAGUGCACCUACUUGAAUUCAGCAGCUGUUGUUGAACAAGUGGAUCCAAAAGUGCUGCCAUACUAUACUUUGGGCUAGCAAUACAAGAACUUUUCAGUUAUUAUAUGACUUUUAGCUAAGACAAGCCUUAUUUUAAAAUAAAUCUUUAAAGCCAUAGUAUUAUGCUACCUCUGCACAGGAGAGCAGCACAGCUGCAAUCCUAAUGUCUGUUGCAUUACCAGCAAGAAACAGGGCUUGUGUUGGAUAGUGGUGGUCCAAACUGCUGAAUUUUUUUGCCAUACUUCUGACAGCAAACCUACAACCCCUCUGACCUUUUCUAGAUUCUUUGUGGCUGUGCUGAUGUGUUGCUGAUGGUCCUUCAUAAAUGGGCAAUGCAAGUGCACGUUGUGCAUUGUGUGUUUUGGACAAGGAGCUAUAGUGCAAUAAUAAGAUUUUGUGAUGUGGAUGUAUUUGAACUGUUCGAUGUAAGUAGAGUUCUCAGUCUUUAAAAUUCAAAGCUCCUGAAAGCCAUGUGUUCAUGUUUCAAGUUGGAUAUGUACUUAACUUUUUACUAAUUCCCCUUUUGUAUUUAAAAAUAUGACUUGCUGCAGUGAAUCUCUUGUUGUCUCCUAAAGUGCUCAAUAAAAUACAUAUAAAUUCUC